CGCGGCCCCCAUGGAGGAGCCGCUGGCGCUGCACCCCGUGAAGCUCUACGUGUACGACCUGUCCAAGGGCAUGGCGCGCCGCCUCAGCCCCCUCAUGCUGGGGAAACAGCUGGAUGGCAUCUGGCACACCUCUAUUAUAGUCCAUAAGGAUGAGUUCUUCUAUGGCAGCGGGGGAAUCUCCAGCUGUGCACCUGGGGGGACACUGCUUGGCCCUCCAGAUUCCGUUGUUGACCUGGGGAACACUGAAGUCACAGAGGAGAUCUUCCUGGAAUAUCUUUCCUCGUUGGGAGAAUCUAUGUUCCGAGGAGAGUCUUAUAACCUCUUUGAACAUAACUGCAACACCUUCAGUAAUGAAGUGGCACAGUUCCUGACAGGAAGAAAGAUCCCUUCCUACAUCACCGACCUUCCAGCCGAGGUGCUUGCCACACCUUUUGGACAAGCUUUAAGGCCACUCCUGGACUCCAUCCAGAUCCAGCCACCGGGUGGAAACACCUUCAGCAGACAUAAUGGACAGAGCUAACAGGAGUGACCCGGUGUGCCCAGCCUCACCAGGCCUCUUCCUUUUUAAUCAUGAAUUACCAGAUUUCUAUUUUAUAAUUUACCAUCAGAAUUAACUCUAUGGAAAUGACAAGAUAAGUUUUCAAAUUUCCUAGGGAGAGGAUUUAUCAGGGUGCAUGGAAGACAAUGCUACCAAAAAGAUUGCCAUAAUUUCUAAUAGUAUUAUACUAACUUAUAAAGGCUGUCUUGCCCGAGUAGACUGUCACUUUUGAAAUAACUCCCAUGACAGUAAAGUGAGGAUUCAUUCCAUGAACGUUCAAGGGCCCAUUCUACAAUUUGGGGUAAAUAAGGGGAUAUUCCAGCCAUCCAUUGCCAGGCUCACAUCUCUAUCUCUUGUCACUACAUGUAUUAUGGUGACAUUUACUCAUGCCUGUAGCAGAACGACAAAGGAAGCAUUUGUGGCCUGGAAAGCAAAGGUCUCCCAGGGUUGGCCUGCUGUGUAUUUCAUUGACCUUGCGUUGUCUGCUCAGGGGAAAAGCUAAACUCAUCUGAUUAGAACAUUUGAAAUGACAUAGCUCUGUGGGGAAGGUGGCCUAAUUGAACUAACUGUCCCUCUCAACACUGCACCUUUCAAUGAGAUUGAGGAGGGGAAGGGAGGGAGAGGCUGCAGAUGAAAAUCAGCAAGAGCCACGUCCUGCCAGAUCCAAGAAUUAUGAGAGCUGAAAAAACGAUCUCGUGAGCAGAGAUGGUGGAAACACAUUUGGAGUGAGAUGAAAACAAAGUGAAAAGUUUCUUUUUCUCCCGAGCAAGCUUUCUAGCAAAUGUAAAGAAUCUUAAUAACUAUCUGCCCUCACACAAGAGCUGGUUUUGCUCACGAUGCCAAAUUUGCAGUACAGGAAGUCAGGAAUAGCACAGCAACUACAUAAUAAUACAAGAUAGGCCAAUUUUGCCUUCAGUAUCCAGUUGCAGCUACAGUAGGAGUUGCAACUUUCUCAGAUAUCACUGUCCUUUCCAAAGCAGUCACAUCCAAAGCAGGACUCUAAGUGUAAGAGAAAUAGGUAUCUAUCUGGCCUGCCCAAAUCUAAAGAAAAUGUGCAAGUCUAAACUUGAGCUUUUUCUGUGAAACAGCUGCAUUUAUCAGAACACAUUCAGAAGCAGUUUUAUCCUCAGAAUGACAUUAGAUUGCACCUGUACAGCAUCUCCCAAUUUGAGUCUCCUAGAGCUUUGUUGUUAUUUGCAGUGGGAAAAGAUUAGGGAAAGAAUAGUCACGUUCACUUUUCAUGCAUCUAUAUAUACUUUUACCUGGACAACUCUGUAGCAGUUCCUUUUAGGAAGGAACACAGGCAAAGAGUCAUCAGACAACUGGAACAUUCCCCAAAUCCAAAAGUGCUGCUGAUUCUCCAUAAAGGGGGAUGCACAUGCUGGAUGCUGCUGAUAAAGCGUCUAUGCAAGUGUAUAGCCCAUUGUCCAGUGCUUUAUUGUGAAAAGAAUUGCAGCAAGUUCAGUCCUGCACCUUAAAUGUCCCGCACUGGAAAACUCCUGUGUACCUAAAGUAGAUAACUUCUAUCUGUGGGACACCUUCUCCCCAGGUAAUAACUCUUUCAUGCUAUUAUUCCAUGAGAACUAUAAUCAUUCAUACUUCUCUGCGGAUGGAACAGAGGAAAACUACAGCUAACUGAGGCUGCAUCAAGUAUUUUUUUUGCCCUGCGUCUUGUGAAAUCACUACCUACAUAAAAACAAGGUACUGUCAGUGCAUUCUGCAGUUGGGAUUGUACCUGCUCUCAGUGCACAGCAGUGGUCGCUGCAGCCCAAAAUAUUUUUCCUCCUUCUGUCGUUCUCUGCUUGUGCCAUGAACUUCUCCUUAAGCUUUUUGAUGUGCUGGACUCUGAAACAGCUUUAACGGUUAGUUCUGGACUACACGAAAGCUCUCAAUCCUUCCUCCAUUUUCGCUACUGAAAGUCAGCGUUUGUGGAGGAGGGACAGGGGGGAGUCGUUCAGUAAUAAAACAUCUGUGAACAGCUUUUGGUGCUCUUGGAGGAGGAAUGGGUAAGUGUUUGCGUUCUGCUAAGCCAUACCUUCAUGUUCCUGUUCUCUAUAGCCCCUCCAGUCUUUUCCCAUACCUCUCUUGUGAGGAGUACCUGGUCUCUCACCUGUGGUAGGUGUCUAAAACGCAGUUACAGGGGAGAUCUUGGAGCUUCCCCAGCCGAGCAGGUCUAGCCAGUUUGAUAGGGCACAGCCCCAUGGAGGUGCCUUGUCUUUCGGCACAACUCUGUUUGCAGUAGCCACAGAGCUCCGAGAGGAGCUCGCACGGGGCACCCUUGUGUCUGCACCUACUCUGUGGCAAAAGACCAUCAGGAGGGGAUGCUGCUUGCUUGGACUUACUGAAGAGAGAGAUCCCUGUGCUGGGUUAGGCCUUUUAGAAACCUGCCUUCUCCAAAGACGGAUACGGGAAGAGUGUAGAACUGUAUUCCCAACAUUCCACCCAGCCAUACUUAUUUAUAGGAAUAUAAGGUAGAAUGAGAAAUGUAUGUAAGUGUAUAUAAGCCAAGAAUUUCAGCCAGUUGAUUGACAAAGGGGCAGGGAAGCUGAACUCCUGGAAGAGAGCAGAACCCGUUUGCCCCGGUUUACUGUUCUGUCUUGUGUUA